UUUGGUCCGUAUCAGGAUGAUGGACAUGUCAUGACAUUGCGUACUGUAAUAGACCUGAUCCCAAACAAGAGUACUCGCAUACUGGACUUCGCUGCAUCAACUGGACUCUUUGGAAAGCUUCUUCACGACAACGGCUACACUAACAUUGAUGCUUUUGAUGGAAGUUCAGUCUGUAUGGAACAAGCCAGAAAACGAAACGUCUAUAAAAAUUUUAUUGUUGAAUUUGUAAGCGAUGCUAGAUUAAGCAUUGAUGAUGAUUCAUAUGAUGCUCUUAUUUGCUACGGAGGCAUGGCGAAAAAUCACUUACCCAUCUCAGUGUUUUCAGAGUGGAUUCGAUGUGUGAAACCAGGUGGCUACAUCAUUAAUGCAUUUCGUAUGAAAUGGUUGAAAGAUGCACCAACUUAUAGCAAAGGAAAACUGGAAGCUGAAAUAGAAAGAUUGGAAAAGGAGAAGAAAUGGAAAUUUAUCAGGAGAGAAAUGACCAAUGAUGAAGACCCUGAUAAAGUUGUUAUAAAAUUUGCUCAUCAAGUUUGUUAAUAAUACAGAUACUGUAUAAUGAAUUGCAUGAUAAUGUGUGUGAUAAUAAUGGAUUAUCUGAUGAUGUGUGUGAUCAAAUUAAAAUUUCUAGUUUAAAGCCCCGUUUACACUAGAUAUGAUUACGACAUGAUACAGAUGUACGCAGUGUUGAAGAAUACAGACUAAAGGAUGAUAUGUCGUCGUGUCAUAAUCGUGUCUAGUGUAAAUGGAGCUUUAUAGAAAUCUUGAAUGACAAAAGUUGUUUAAUAUAAAGAAAAGCUAAUAUCAAUCACCUGAGGAAUCAAAUGGGCUACCCUUAAAGUGUUUUUCAUACACUUUGGUGAUAAUUUGUGUGAUAAUGGAUUACCUGAUGUGUGUGAUCAAGAUUUUAAGAUUCAAGAUAAAUGUUAUUGUCACAUAUACAAAAAAUAUACAUGAGAUUUGCACUCCUGUGCUUAUACAUUAAAAACAAAAAAACACAAACACAUCACAUAAAAUAUAAAUAUAUCACAAAUACAAUAGCACCAAAAAGCUUAACUAACUUAACUAAAGAGAAAGACAGUAGAAUUGAGCUUAAACAACAAAGGUACCUAAAUAAUACUCAUUAUCUGGAGAAUUGACUACUGUAGAGCUGACAUGUGUGAGGUAUGAAUGAAUUCUUUAACCGAUUUGUUUUAACAGUAGUUUGUCUGAUUCUUCCUGAUUUGUUAAAAGUGGGUGAGACUCAUCCUGUAAUAUUUUAUCUAAUUUCGUAAGGGCAGACUUAUCACAAAGACUGCUUAUUAUACUUGGAAGCUCCAUACCAAUAAUUUUUCCUGCCACUCUGGUUAUUUUCUUAAUUUGUUUACUAUUUUUCUUUGUAAGGCUGCUGAACCAGGCAAUACAACAGAAGCAAAUAACUGAUUUUAUUACACUCUGAUAGAAGAGAGAUAGUGUUUCCUGCCCUACAUUAAACUUAUUUAGCUUCCUAAGAAAAUGAAGACGUUGAGUUGGCUUGGAAUAAACACCUUGUGUGUGUUUAUUCUAGUUUAAUUUAUCAUCUAUGAUGAUACCCAAAUAUUUAUGUUCUGAUGUUCUAGUUACUCUUUCAUUAUUGACAAUGAGUUGAUCUGUAUCUGUAUUGCUUCUCCUGAAAUAAAAAAUCAUUUCCUUUGUUUUCUUAGCAUUGAUAACUAAGAAGUUAUAAGAGCACCAGUUAAUAACAUGGGAAACUUCAUUUCUAUAAGCAGAUUCAUCAUUGUUUUUUAUUAAACCAGUAAUGCACAUA